UUCGACAGAACAUCUUUGUUCUCUGCAUUCUGCAAGGCAAGCCAAUACAGAACAGUUUCGUCCAACUACGGCGUUGGACCUAUGAAAAUACCGCUGCAUGCCGAAACUGCUGUUGUCUUCCAAGCUGACAACUCGGUGGGUUAUGGGGAGCCGUGGGACAUUUGACAAUACGUUAGCAAGCGACUCAAUCCGACCCCAUGCGGCAUAGGCCUGUCACGUUUGACCUGUGCGCCGCCGCAGCCGCCGUAGACUCCGCUUCAAAGCUAACGUCAAGAUAGCAUCCGAGCGGUGCAGAGAACGUUGAAACAUUAUGCGGCGGACACAAAACGUCAAGAGAAGACGAAUGCAAUCCAUGCAUCGUGCAUGAAAACGGGGUCGGUCACAAUGUUACUGUCGACCACACGUCGUCUACUGGCAAGAGGAAAAGCGCUGCUCACUCACACAUUUCAAAGGAGCUGUGGAACCAUGACCCAUGGGAAGAGACUGCGGGUGCUGGUUGACAUGGACGGCGUGCUGGCCGAUUUCGAGGGGGGGUUCUUGAAGAAGUACCGGGCCAGGUACCCCAACGAGCCCUACAUCACCCUGGAGGACAGGAGAGGCUUCUGGGUUUCCGCGCAGUACGGAAGACUCCGGAGUGAUCUCUGUGAAAAAGCCAUUAGCAUCUGGGAGUCCAAGGGCUUCUUCAGUGAGCUGGAGGCACUUCCUGGUGGGGUGGAGGCAGUCAAGCAGAUGGCCAACAUGGACAACACAGAUGUCUUCAUUUGCACCAGUCCGAUCAAGCAUUUCAAGCACUGCCCUUAUGAGAAGUAUGCGUGGGUAGAAAAACAUCUGGGUCAUGACUUCCUGGAGCAGGUCAUUCUAACCAGAGACAAGACGGUGGUCAGCGGAGACGUACUCAUUGACGACAAGCCUGAUAUUUUAGGCGUGGAGCCCAAACCCACCUGGGAGCACGUUUUGUUCAGCGCCUGCCACAACAAGCACCAUCCCGCCAAGCCUUGGCAGAGACGCUUGCUGUCCUGGUCUGACGACUGGAGAGCCAUCCUGGACAGCAAAAGGCAGUGAGCUCUUUCAGUAGGGCCCCCGACAUCACCAGCAGCCUUACUUACUUACAUACAUACUUACUUACUUACUUCUUUCCUUCCUACAUCUUCGUGCCAAGCAGAGUGCACACGAGUUGAGAUGUCUUACCGUAGUCGACCACAGGUGGGCGCGCUAAGACUGAAACAUGUUUCAAUCCAGUUAAACAUACGGCCGGGCCACUACUGUCCUGGCAGAAAUAGAGCAAACUGAAGUUAGCAGCUAAAUGAGAUCAAGGUUGUAAGAAUAAUGGUUUGACAGUUAACAAUUUUGCAGAGGUGCUUGAAGAAAAGCAUUCAUCAGUACGCGCAAUACGCAAAGAGAAGAAAACCACACGCGCCUGUGUUUCGCUUUCAUUUCGUGUCUAAAAAGAGCCGAGAAAUGAUUGCUCUUUUUUUGGUGCUACUUUGCUUUUUGAACACCCAUGCAUUUCAUUAACAAGGCCUAUUUGGUUGAUUGUUUUAUUUUGCCUCAUAAUCAAGUUGAAUAGCGGAACGUUAAAGGCGGCAGCGAUGCAUGCUGUUUAGAUUCGAAUAAAUGGUCGUCAAAUAGGACGAGUGAUUUUUGGAAGCAUUUCACGACUAAAUAUUAAGAGGUGAUUUCUUUUUAGAAAGGAUCUGUUUUACAUUUACAGUACAUGCUGAGAAUGUCCAGUUUUCUUUGUGUUUCACCCAAACAACUGUACUGUAACGUGUCAUCAUUUACAAAAAACAAUUUAGGGUUGUGUUUAAACAAUUGACCAUUGUGUGGUAAAAUACCUCCAAACACUUGUAAAUGUGUAUUCAUUAAAAAUAGCGUCUAUACUAAAUCCA